AUGGUUCAUGGUCCAUUGUUUUUGCUGGCGGCACUAGCCAUCCUCCAUGUCACAGCGGAGCCAGCGACGGUGGCGCCGCCUCCGCCGCUACCAGCCGCGGCAAGGGAGUUCUUGGAAGCACACGACAUGGCAAGAGCGGAAGUGGGGGUUCAACCCCUGAGGUGGAGCCAGCAGUUAGCCAACGCCACAAGCAGGCUCGUCCGCUACCAAAGGGACAAAAUGGCGUGCCAGUUCGCCAACUUAACGGCCGAAAAGUACGGCGCCAACCAGCUAUGGGCCCGCAGCACGACGGCGGUGACACCGCGCAUGGUGGUUGAGGAAUGGGUCAAGCAGAAACAGUUCUAUAACCACACUGACAACUCGUGCGUGCCGAACCACAGGUGCGGCGUUUACACGCAGGUUGUGUGGAGAAAGUCCGUUGAGUUGGGGUGUGCUCAAGUCACGUGCGUGAAGGACCAAGCUAGCUUGACCAUUUGUUUCUAUAAUCCACCUGGAAACUACGUAGGGGAAAGCCCAUACUGA